AAGAAAAAAUAGGAAGCGGGAAGAGUCUUUGGGGAGAAAGAGUUCUCGUCUUCUUCCUUUCAAGUGUUUUUCGAAUUCACUCAUCCCAAUCUUACUCUGCUUCACUCUGUAAUUUAGGGUUAGGGUUUCGUAAUAGCUCAAAUUACUCAAGAGUUAGCGAAGCUGGAGAGGCAAAGAGGAUUCGGCGACCACCAGGUCCAGGAUUCUCACCGCAAUUUGCAUCCCGGGACUUCCACUUCCUCUUCGUCUUGGUCUUCUGGUGACUUUCACCAUAAUCAUCAACCCUACUAUCAAGACCAGAGUUUUAAUGAUCCCAAUUACAAUAACACUCACCAGUCCCACUACUACCACCAUUCCGUUCGCCCUGACCACCACUCAGGCCUCUUCAAUGGCGCCAUUACCUAUGGUUCGGGUCAUCACGUGCCUAUGUCUGAACGUAAAAGGAGUUGGUCUCAUUCGAACAGAGGAAACUCGCCAGAUCGAGUAGAUGGUUAUGGUCUUGCAAAACUUUAUGUUUCUCAUAUUCCAAGAACAGCAGUUGAGCAAGAUAUCCGUCCCCUGUUCGAACAACAUGGAAAUGUAGCUGAGGUUAUUCUUUUGAAGGAUAGGAGUACAGGCCAACAACAAGGAAGCUGUUUUGUGAAAUUUGCAACAACAUUUGAAGCGGACAAGGCAAUUGCAGCUCUAAACAAUCAACAUUAUUUUCCUGGGGAACAAGUACCUAUUACGGUGAAGUAUGCAGGCAAGCCAGAUAGAGAAAGAGAAAGAGAACGAGAACGUCAUGGGGCACCUGAUAAUAAAGUGUUCGUUGCGAUGUUAAACAAGGAAGCUUCAAGGGAGGAAAUUAUGGAGAUAUUUUCUCCAUAUGGUUUUGUUGAAGACGUCUACAUUAUUCUUGAUGAAAUGAAGCAAAGUCGUGGAUGCGGGUUUGUUAGAUUUUCUCAUGCAGACAUGGCCGCCACAGCAAUCAAAGCAUUAAAUGGAACUUACACUAUGAGGGGUUGUGAUAGGCCAUUAGCAGUACGUUUUGCAGAACCUAAGAAAGUUAGGAAUGGAGAAGGAAGGAACAAUAAGAUGUUUAGUGGAAUGCCCUUUGGCCCCCAUUCUCAUGAACCAGUUGUUAGGACAACAACCAACCUGGGUGAAUCCAUGUUGGGGCAUAACCGGCCUAAUGCACCUUAUCUUGCACAACUUUUCUCGUUAACGACACAACCACAAGCAGUUUCUUUGGUGGCAAACCAGGAACCUCUACAGUUGUCGCAGAUGCAAAAUAUAAAAACAUCCACUCAACAAUUUCAAGGUGAAGUUCAUGAUUUUCCAAGGCAGUUGCAUCUGAUUCAACCUUCGAAACAAACGCUAGAGCAGCAAAAGCUGUCUCAGGCUAGCGGACAAUCGCCUCUACCAACAGUCAGCAGUUCCCAGGAAGUUGCUUACAAUAUUCCCAGAGCUGCAGUGCUUGCAAAUCCUCAGACACCCGAACUUCCAGAAUGUGAUUGGAGUGAGCAUACCUGCCCUGAUGGGCAUAAGUAUUAUUAUAAUUGUAUCACUCGUGAAAGCUUGUGGGACAAGCCCAAGGAAUAUGGUUUGUUUGAGGAACAGUUAAAGGAGAGACAGCAGCAAGCUGCUGUCCACAAGCUUCAGUCUUCUUCAUUGGUUCUCUCUAAACAGCAAGCUGCUCAAACACAAGAAAGUCAAAGUCAAGCUCAUGUUCCCCCUUAAAAAUCUUAAACCUAGAAAAACCUGCUCUAUCUGCACAGGAACUUAUUCAUGUUGAAGUACAAUGACGGCAAGUUCAUGGCAUUUUGCAACCAGUGUUUUCGAAGGUAUCUGGUGCAUCUGUGAUUGAUCUUCUUGAACCACUGAAAUAUUUAUUUAGACAACAAAAGAGAUGGUUCUGCAGUGCUUUUAUAAAAUCACUGUAGUUGGUGUUAACACAUAGAGUGAUUGUCAUCUGAAGCAGCUCUCUUUAUUUCCCCAGCUGUUAAUUUCUGAUAUAGAAUAGUUUUAACAAUCCAACUAUGAAGUUCGAAGAUCAGCCUGAUUUCCCUAUUUUCCUGUCUACCUGUAUUUUAUUUUACUUUAUGAAUAGCAUUGUUGGAUAAAAGGAGUCUUUUUGGGUAAAUACCAUUUAUGUUGAUUACUGUAUGUAAAUCAGUAAAUGUAGUCGAUGUGGGGUCUAUCAUGGUUAAUAUGUAACACAUUUUUCUUAUUAAUUGAUGUUCAGCAGAAUGGAUAUAAA